GAUAAUGGAGUUGGCAUGUCAAAAGAUAUGCUGCAACACGUUGCAGAAUACAAUGACGCAAAGGCUGUGGGCAAUCAGCAAAGAAUACAUGAAUUAAUUGAAUCCAAUGGUCAUACGUUGACGAAUAUUCGUCGUCUGUCUGACGGUCUCACCGUUGCUUCAAGGCAACGAUAUUCGGUGAAUACAUUUAUGAAGAUAUUCAAGAUCGGUUCAGCGUCCAAUUUGAUGCAAAUAGAACAAAGACCUUCGCAUGGCACAACCGUGUCUGUAUAUGGUUUUCACGAAGCAUCAUUGUGUAAAAAAUGGGACAUGUCCACUGUUUGCUUUUUUAUCGCGGCUGUAGCUGUUACAAAAUUAAAAGUGUCGUUCUCGAUUAGAGACGAAGAAGGAAGGAAGAUCGUCUUGAGAAUUGCAAAACCGCACUGCCCAGUUCAAGUGUUGAGGACAUUUUUUGGGAAAGAUUUAUCGUCGAAUCAUUUAUGGCUGAUGCGAUGCAAUUCAGAAUUAAAAAGCGUGAAAUAUCAUGGUUACGUAGGAUUAUCCAAUAGAACCGAGGAACACUGGAUAUUUUUAAAUCACAGAUCAAUCUAUUGUCCUCUCAUCUCGAAGUUAAUUAAAACUGUCUUUAAAAAAAGAAUCAACCUAUCUUCCAACCAGGGAUCCAAUUUACAAGAUUUACAUGACAAAAAUAUGUUUGUCAUAUUUUCCUUUAUACUUUCCCCGAGGGAAUUUACAUUUUUUAAUGAAGAUGGAAAAAGACACGUCAUAUUUUAUGAUAUGCAAAAAAUAUUAAACGACAUUAAAAAUUGCACUUUUAAAUGUCUCAAAGAGACUGCAAUUUUUGCAGCUGUUCCCUCUGAUUUACGUGAAACACGGUCAUUGACACAAAUGCAAUUAAAUUCGAAAGAUUCCAUUUCCGACAACAAGAUUAAUGAAUAUAAUAAAAAUGUUACGUCUUUGAAAGAGAAUAAAGUUGUUGCGUUCAAUCUUAAAAGAAAGAGAAUCACGUCAACUAUUGUAACCAAUAAAAGACAUAACAAAGAAACUAAUAAUAUGAAGAUUAUUAAUUUUGCAGAAGAAGGAAACAUCGUAUUAAAUAGUCAAAUAGAUAUUGCUUCCACAGAGCAUACCAAUAAUUUGUGCGAGGGUAAAAUUACAAAGGAAAUAUACAGUAAUAUUGAUGGAACGUCAGCAACUUUCACCAAUCUUGCGGCAACAAAUAAUUUCGUCGAGUCUCGUGAAACUUGCAAUGAUCAUGAUGGCAAGGAUUUUGGCAAGAAUUCUGCGAUUUCUCCUCUUUCCGAGUGGUCUGAUUGGAAUUAUGAUACAAGUGAUAAAGAUCAAGUUUCUAAAAGGGAUAUAAAUUUUCAACGACUUUUCAACUGCAUCGAUCGGUUUAAUUUUUUGCCACGAAAAUUGCACGGUCUUCUACGCCAUCGUCAUGUAAAAUUGACAAAUGUGAAACGCUUCGACAGUCCCAGUAAUACGAUUUCGCCUAAAAUUGACACAGAAAAUUGGCAAUGCAAACAAAUGACGGUGCAUCCCUGUAAUUUGAAACGAAAGCUAUGUGAAUUUAAAUUGUCACGCGUCUCAUUAAAGCGCAUAAAGAUCAUUAAUCAAGUUAAUGACGAAUUUAUUGCCGCGUGGAUGAUGUACGGCGAAGUGAAAAUUCUAUUAAUGAUGGAUCAACAUGCCGUCCACGAGAGAAUACGUUACGAAAAUUUACUUCUUAGACACAAGGGACAGAACGAGGGCGAAUUGCUCUCCAUCAAUUUGCGCGACCCUCUGGCUAUGGAAAUUCCUGAGAAGACGCGUAAUUCGCUUCUACGUCGUAAAGUAUUGUUAAAAAAAUACGGUAUAAAUUUAGGAUCGUUAAGGGAAAAUACAAAACUGCUAAUACGCACGAUACCGCAAUGCUUGGUGACGAGUAAUGAUCGUUGCAGUAGCGAAAAAAUACUGUCGAAGAUUUACGAUUUAUUAAAUGACAUAUUAAAGGAUAAUACAAAUCGUGCAAACACAUUACCGGUAACCAUCCAUAAUGCUAUAGCAUCGGAAGCUUGUCACGGUGCCAUCAAAUUUGGUGAUAAACUAACUCGGGAGCAGUGUACAUCUCUUGUAAAAUUGUUGAAAUUCACAAAGUUGCCCAAUCGAUGCGCACAUGGACGACCAACUAUAAUACCUGUGAUGGAACUCUCAGAAUUGGAAAAAAGAGGCGCCAGGAUACCUGAGGUGCGUAUCAUGUGA